CACACAGAUACAGAGGCGGGAAAAUUAGCCGAGCCAGAAAAACCCCAAUGAGCUUUUGAAAACCACCAUAAUUGCGGUAAGCAAUCGCCACCGAAUUCUGCAAAACAGAGAAUGGAGAGAAUACACGUGACCGUGCGAGCUCGGCCGCUCUCGGCUGAAGACGCCAAGACCAGCCCUUGGCGUAUCUCAGGCAACUCCAUCUUCAUCCCCAACCACUCCUCCAAGUUCGAAUUUGAUCGAAUUUUUGGGGAAGAUUGUAAGAACCUCGAGGUCUACCAAUCUCAGACCAAAGAUAUAGUCGCGGCUGCAGUUCGCGGUUUCAAUGGAACAGUUUUUGCUUAUGGGCAAACUAACAGUGGGAAAACACACACAAUCCGAGGGUCGGCUACUGAGCCGGGGGUGAUUCCUCUUGCAGUGCGUGAGAUGUUCAACAUUAUUCAAGAGGAUGUUGAUCGGGAGUUUCUUUUACGAAUGUCUUAUAUGGAGAUCUAUAAUGAGGACAUAAAUGAUUUAUUGGCUCCUGAGCAUCGAAAAUUGCAGAUUCAUGAAAGUCUAGAGCGAGGGAUAUAUGUUGCUGGAUUGCGUGAAGAAAUUGUUGCCUCUCCAGAGCAAGUGCUUGAUCUCAUGGAGUUUGGGGAAUCUCAUCGGCAUAUUGGAGAGACAAAUAUGAAUCUGUACAGUAGUAGGUCCCACACCAUUUUCCGCAUGAUAAUUGAAAGUCGAGAUAGAACCGAAGAUGAAGAUAUUGGUAGUUCUUGUGAUGCGGUCCGUGUUUCAGUUUUGAAUUUAGUGGACCUAGCUGGUUCAGAACGUGCUGCAAAAACUGGUGCCGAAGGUGUCCGGCUCAAAGAGGGUUCCCAUAUAAAUAAAAGCCUUAUGACAUUGGGAACUGUCAUUAAAAAAUUGAGUGAAGGUGCUGAAAGUCAAGGGGGACAUGUGCCAUAUCGAGAUAGCAAACUUACGCGAAUUUUGCAACCUGCUUUGGGUGGAAAUGCAAAUACAGCUAUAAUAUGCAACAUCACGCUAGCACAAAUUCAUGCAGACGAGACUAAAAGCAGUCUCCAAUUUGCAAGUAGAGCAUUACGUGUCACAAACUGUGCUCGUGUCAAUGAGAUUUUAACAGAUGCUGCUCUUCUAAAGCGUCAAAAGAAGGAAAUUGAGGUGCUUCGAGCCAAAUUGCAGGAAUCUCAUUCAGAACAUUGGGCAGAGGAAAUCCUCAAUCUGCGAAAUACACUACUGCAGACUGAGUUAGAGAGGGAGCGCAUAGCUUUGGAGUUGGAGGAGGAAAAGAAAGCCCAAGCUGAAAGAGAGAAGAUGGUGCAACAGCAAGCUAAGAAAAUUGAAAAUUUGAGCUCGAUGGUUUUGUAUUCAAAUAGGGAUGAGACUCACGAUCGCUUCAAGAAGGAGAAGAGGCGUGAUACUUGGUGUCCAGGUAAUCUUACAAGGGAGACUCAGGGAGAGGUGGUAUCCACCAUCCAAUCAAAGGCAUCCGCGGGAAAAACUGUGAGACCUAUGCGUGAUGUUGGACCACUUCUUCCUUUUCAAGAACUGGUGCAUGAGACUGAAGUUGCCGAGAAUGAGUCUUGCAAAGAAGAUGAAGAAUGUAAAAACAUCACAUUGGAUGACUCUGUUCUUCCCGAUCCAUGUGCUUUAUUACAUGUUACUAACAGGAGAAAAGUGCCACCCAGGAAGAAAAGCUUACCCCUGGACAAUGAUUUAGUAGAUUUGCAAGCAGAAUAUGAAGAUUUGCUUAUAAAAUUUGAAACUCAGAGAACUUUGAGUGUGAUACAAAUUGAAUGCUUGACACGAAAGCUUGCUGAGGCUGAUAUGUUUUCUGGGGCAAUGUAUAAUGACUACUUCACAUCUUAUCUCGAUAAAGGUACCAUUAAUGGGGACAAUAACAUUAGUUUAAGAGAGUCGGAGGCUAUUCUUGUGAUUAAGCGACUUCAAGAACAGAUUAAGAUGCUAGAAAUGGAGAAGUCUUCAAGCCAGCAGAAUCUGGAUAGUGUAGUUGACCUGGCAACAGAGCAGAACAUAUGUGCCAGGGAGAAGUUUGGCAAGCUCUAUGAAGAGCUUCUAAUUGCACGUGAGGAGGCUAGGGUCACUCGUGAGCAUCCUUGGAACGAAUCUGUAGCAAAAGUGGAUGACAAAAGUUCUGACUUGGUGAUCAAGCUUGCAAAGGAAGUCCGAGAAAUAAUGUUGGAAGUUCAAAGCUCAGAAAUAGCAAUAGAAAGUGUAUCUUCACUUCUGGAAGAGGGCUCUAAGAGUUUCUCUGUGCUAUUUGAUACGUUCCUAGAUUUCAAGACUUCAAUGUGCCAGUUCUCUUUACAACAAAAGAAUAUUGUCAGUAACCACGAGAAGUUAAACUCGUACCUGAUGGAAAAAGUUUCUGAACUUGAGAAUGAAAAGUGCCUUCUGCACAAUCAAACAGUUGAUCUUCAGAACCAGAUAGAGGAACUGAAACUAGACGCUCAAAAUUCCGAAAAGUCCUUGAGGGAACUUCAGGAACAACAGGAUUUGGAAAAGGGAGAAUAUCUUUCUUAUAUGCAAGUUCUUGAAAAGGAAAUAUCAGGUUUAUCAUCUUGUUCUUUGGCUAAGGAAAAGGAAAGUUUGAGAAAAGAUGUUGAGAAAACAAGAAUGAAGUUGAAAGAGACUGAGUUUAAGCUUAAGAAUGCCAUACAAGAGAAGACCAAACUGGAGCUCUAUGAAGAGCUUCUAAUUGCACGUGAGGAGGCUAGGGUCACUCGUGAGCAUCCUUGGAACGAAUCUGUAGCAAAAGUGGAUGACAAAAGUUCUGACUUGGUGAUCAAGCUUGCAAAGGAAGUCCGAGAAAUAAUGUUGGAAGUUCAAAGCUCAGAAAUAGCAAUAGAAAGUGUAUCUUCACUUCUGGAAGAGGGCUCUAAGAGUUUCUCUGUGCUAUUUGAUACGUUCCUAGAUUUCAAGACUUCAAUGUGCCAGUUCUCUUUACAACAAAAGAAUAUUGUCAGUAACCACGAGAAGUUAAACUCGUACCUGAUGGAAAAAGUUUCUGAACUUGAGAAUGAAAAGUGCCUUCUGCACAAUCAAACAGUUGAUCUUCAGAACCAGAUAGAGGAACUGAAACUAGACGCUCAAAAUUCCGAAAAGUCCUUGAGGGAACUUCAGGAACAACAGGAUUUGGAAAAGGGAGAAUAUCUUUCUUAUAUGCAAGUUCUUGAAAAGGAAAUAUCAGGUUUAUCAUCUUGUUCUUUGGCUAAGGAAAAGGAAAGUUUGAGAAAAGAUGUUGAGAAAACAAGAAUGAAGUUGAAAGAGACUGAGUUUAAGCUUAAGAAUGCCAUACAAGAGAAGACCAAACUGGAGGGUGAAAAAGCUUCUGCCGAACGAGAAAUAAAACGAUUGCAUGGUCAGAACUCUCUUCUUGAACGUGACAUGAACAAGCGUGACUCACUUGCUGGUAGAAGGCGUGAUUCAGUUAUGUCUGAUUCUAAAAGAACAAAAAACCUUGCUUUUGAACAGACAUUGCAGGAAGAAUACAAAAAGAUGGAAGUUUAUGCUUUUGAAAUGGAAACAAAGAUGACUUCUCUAGAAGAAGAGUUAGCAGCUGUAUACAGGGAAAAAGAAGAUGCUGUGUCGAUUAGCGAAGGUUUAGCAUCUGAACUAGAAAACCUGUCUGAAAAAUUGAGUACAUCAAACUUGGAACUUGAAGCAUUGCAGGAAGAGCUUUUGGCCCUGAAACAGAGGCUGGAAGAAUCUGAAUUUGAGCAGCAAAAGAUGGAAGGCUCCAUUAAAACGUUCACUGAAGAAAAGGAAGACUUGGCGAUGCAACUUACAGAUUCCCUUUUGGAGAUGGAGGAGGAAAGAGCAAUAUGGUCAGCUAAGGAGAAGGCUUCCAUUGAAGCCAUAGAAGAGAAAUCAAAGAUAUAUAACAUGGAGAUUACAUCAUUAUCACGGGAAAUGUCAGAGGUGAGAAAUGAAUUGGAGUCUUCUUUUGGUAUUCAAUGGUCGUCUGAUAGCAUGGAGAAGUCUUUUGAGAUUGAUCAAGUGAAUAAUGACAAAAAUAUAACUGGCGCUCUGAGCAAACGGUCUGAAGAAAUGUUGAGCUCAAAUUCAGAGAUGUGCGGAAUUCAUCAAUGCGAGGAAGUGAAUAUGCUUCGGAAGGAGCUCAGCUUUCUGAGUAAAGAAAGAGAAGGUUUGUUGACUCGAAUAAGAGAGUUGUCAGAACUUUCAAAUGACCACCAGAGUCUGAACAACCAGCUCUGUGUUAUGUCAAAGGAAAAGGAUAAAUUAGUGACUCAGAUCGAAGAGCAGCAGAAACAUGCAAUUGAAGAAGAAAGUCUCAAUAAACGUUACAAUGACUUGUUAAUGGAGGCAAAGUUUCAAGUGGAGGAACUGACAAGGAGAAUUUCAAGCAUGGAGCUUAAGAUUCACAAAGAUCAAGUUGAAAACGGCAUAGAGAAGGCAAAGCUUCGAAUGAGGCUUCGAGGGGCACAAGCAAGGUUAGAUGCCUUUCGAAGUAGAUAUAAAGAAACACGGGACGAGUCCGAUCACAUGAACAGGAAGUUUGAGGAGGCUUCAAAAAACCUAAAGGAGCAGUUAGCGACAAAAGGAGUCGAGGUCCUCAGCCUCAAGAAGGAGCUUGCUGCAAAGGGGUUAUGAACAAAAAUUCAUCAAGAAGUUGUAAAGCAUGAUUAUUUGUGUCUUGUGUACUAUUUAAUGAAAAUAUAUAAGUUAGUAGGAAUGAGUGUCUUGUGCACAGCUAUGAACCCUUGACCUUAAUUUCUUAUUUUGUUAUUCACUGCAGUGUUCA